AUGGGAGCAGAGAGCCCUCAAAGCAGCAUCAACGAUGCAGAUGUGUGCAAACCUCAAGCUGCUGAGCUGAAAGCAAGCAGUUGCUGUCCAGAUGUUUGGGAUUAUGAUUCCACCAUCCUGAAACAUGGUUGUGACCUGUACUUACCUGGCAACAAACUGGUGUCCGGGGAUCACUGUAAAAUAAUAGUGGAUGAAGAAUCUGGUCAAGUAUCGCUGGAGGAUACCAGCUCUAAUGGAACUGUUAUUAAUAAACAGAAAUUGGUGAAGAAGCAGGUUUGCCCUUUGCAGACUGGAGAUGUGAUCUAUGUUGUUUACAGGAAGAAUGAGCCAGAAAACAAUGUUGCGUAUCUUUAUGAAUCUUUAUACCCUAGACAGGACCGAGCCAAUGACCCAGUAGAACCCAAUGUUGAAAGUAUGUGCCAUGUGACCAAAGAUACCUCAAGGACCGGGCAAAGUGAUGACAAGACCUCAGUUGCAUUGUCUGUGCCAGCUAGUCAAGCUAAUAAUGAUGAUGAACCACAGCCAUCCACUUCUACAUCAAACCUCUUUAAUGCUGCGUCUACCUCUCUCACUGAGUCCGUAGCCACUGUACUGGAGAAUCCCUCAACAUCUUGUAAAGGUCUGGCCUUCUUGGGUUGCUCUUUUCUUGAUCUGGUCUUUUGUCAGCCCUAGAGGCUUUUUGCCUUGAGCAUAGACAGCAAACAUUGCUCUUGCUCCAUACCUCAUUUCAAGCUGAAUAGUAUCCAAAGUCACCC